UAUUAAUAUCUCAAAUCAUAGCGGUCAACGGUAAAUAUUUAAAAAGUUUUGGGAGUGAAUAUAAAUCCAGUCAUUUAGAAUAGAAUUUGUUUAUUAAUACUGAAGUUCAAAGUAAUAGUAAGGAAACUAAUGCGAGUUGAUUACGAAAAAUAUGAAUGCUCAUGUUAUAAAUGACCCUUUAGCUGUUAUAUAUAAUGAGGGGCUAUGGCGAAUAAACAAAGUAUCUCCAAUGCACAAUUUGCAAUACAGUGAAAUCAAAUUAAAACAAUAUGCUUUUAAAAUACGACAAACAUUCGUGAGUACUGUGGCUACUAAUGUUUCGCAAAAGUACACGGUCCAAGUUGAAAAUCUGCCACUUUUAAAAUUUUCAGAAGAAGAUUCAAAUGGCUUAAUGAUAACAGUUUCCUCAACCACCCAAGAUAAUAAAACGAAACUGGUGUAUUCGGCAAUUCUUUUAUCUUGGGGUGUAAGUGUAAAUAUAAAUGAUGCCAUCCAUUUGCCUUACAUGCUUGAUCGAGGGGAACAAAGGGUCGGCACCACCGUCAAGAACACACUCCAGACUUUAUUUGAUUGCAAUAUAAAACAAUAUAAUUUCACCCAGCAUCAGCUGCUGCAGUUUGGAUUUAGUUUUAUUGAACAUGACACAUCCAGAAGUACAGAUCCAUUUGUUCUCAUAUAUAAAACACCGCAGGUUAAUUUCAAGGACAAACUCACUUUGACAUUUGAUGUAGGAGAUCUGCAUAUUAUAUGGAAUGGAAUAAAGGAGGAAGUUAAUAGAGAAUCGGAACAGGUUACUUUGGCAUAUCAAAUACUACAAAAUCAAAUUUAUCACACACUUACACUGGAUAUAACUGUGUUUGACCUGUGCGAAGUCAUACUAUCCAAGGCUGAAGUUAAAAGUAACGGGGUUUUGAAAAUGAAAACACCUGAAAUUGUAAACGCUGUGUUCACUGUUUUAAAUGAAAUUACCGGACUCGAGGCAUAAUAGUGAUAGAUCGUAAGUUAUUAGUGCACCUAAAGAAUUUGUUUAGUCUUGCUAAUUUGUGACUAUAUUUUUUCUUUUCAAAGUGCCAUCUUAAUAUGAAAUCUAUUUUGAAAAACAAGUUUACAUAUAUAAACUAUUAAUUGUUUGUAAAGAGUUGGAUCCACAACAUGCAUACAUUCAUCAUUAGUCGGUGAUGAAAAAAAAAACAACAAAUGUAAUUUUAUAACAUUUACUUCAUGAAUUAUGCCUUACAAAUGUGUCUGCAUAUUGUAACCUUAUAAAAUAUUACUACAAUACAAUGUGCUAAACUUAAAGUAACCUAUAUAUUUUUUUUUUAUUUUUCUUCCAUCAUAUGAGCACUCCUUGUAAUCACAAUUUCGUAUUGGGAUGUCACUGAAAGUGUUAUCCCACAUCAUAUUGUGCAAACAUAUUUCCUAGGCCUCAACCUUGUA